CGAAAACAUUAGCGACACCCAAUUCGCCUUUUACUAUUUUUCCCUUCUUUCCACAGUAUGACCCCGUUCUCCUUAGAUCUCGUUGUGCAUCCCCCGCUAUAGCGAAAUGAAACCGCCGUAGAGUUCGCCUCUAUAGCCAGUUCCCGACUCUCUCUUGCCUCUCGUAUGUUUCAAGGACCCGGCGGCCACUGAAGACGCAUAAGCGUUUCGGGUGAAUGGGGCUAUGCUUGGCCUCGCCUACCGGCCGCAUGUAUGCCCUGGAAAGCUGAGCUGGCAAGGGCUUAGAGUUUCCUCACCAGGCCGCAUGGACGUCGAGGGGGUUGGCCCUGCAGCUUAAGCGCCCGCCAAGAGCUGUUGGUUUUUGCGGAUUUUCCAAGGUUUGGGUAUAAAUUAAAGGAUGAAAGAGUUCCUCUCCCAUGGACCCCUUCCGUACUUCACGAACUGGAGUUGAGCAUUAUGUCGCCGCAACCAAGACAAAAAGUUAAGACACCACAGCCGGCUGAGGAGGCUGAAGCCACAGCCAUCACAUCAACUCAGCACACUCCUAGCCGAACACGAAGCGUCACCCAGCCAGUCACGCCUCGUGGGCAAGCAAAGAAGAAGGCACCGCGCCAGGAUCAAGAGUCUUGCACUCGGUCUCUCACCCCACAAACUUCAACUCCGACAUGUCGCCCUGCGGCGGCCCCACACCCAACGCCUAGCCCAAGGGGUUCGCGUGACGUACCAAUCGAGAUCACGUCAGAAGAUGAGUCGCCAUUUGUUUCUAUAGCCAAACGGCCGAAACCGACCUCCGCAAAAACGACUCCUUCGAGUGGACGAGCAAUGCCCCCCGCCGACGCCGCAGGCGUUGCUCUUCUUACGGUCAAGGCUCGAUCAGUGAGCGAUCCACUGCCUCGCCUAGUAGCAAAACCGUUUCGAGAUAACGACGCUUCCGUCAAGGAGCUGAUCCAAGGUCCCUCCAAUGUCAAAGAGAAAAAGGAAAGGGGCUUUGUCUACGUCCUGACAGCCUUCCACCAGGAGAAGCGCGUCGUCAAGAUCGGCCAAACGACCCACUCGGCUGACCAGCGCAAACGUGCAAUCGAACAGACCUGCAGCUGCAUCCGGUUCGACUGCCUGAGCGUUGGCGGCUCGGAGGAGUCACCACGCCCGCAUCUAGAGAUGCUGAUCGAUCGGUAUUACGUGACGGUCGAGAAGCUGGCCCAGAAGGAGCUGCGGCGCUUCCGGUACAGGUUUGACUGCUGUUGCGGCAAAGCCCAUGCCGAGUACUUUGACAUCGACUACGAGGUUGCCUGCCGUGUCGUGCACCGCUGGAUCCGCUUCUGCGAGGCAGCACCGUGGCACGCCCCCCAGGCCGCCCGAGCAGAGACCGGAGCCGGAGCCGGCCAGAAGCUCAAGCUCAAGCUCAAGGACGAGUGGAACGAGCGGCUGGCGCUGUGGUGGAGGAAGGAACAUCCGGACGGCUGCCGCCCGACCAAGGCGGAGGACCUCGAAGUGCAGCUGGCCCGGUGGGACCGCUUCGUAGACGCAACCUGGUGGGACUGGCUGUGGUAUGACGUGUGCGUGUGGUCGGAGUAUGUGUCACGCUUUCGGUGGGAGACGCUGUCUGUGCUGCUAUGCGUGGUGAUUCGGUUUCUCGUGCAGGACCGCGGCUUGUUCGCGAAGUUGGCGGAAUGGAUGAUGCUGGUAAUCAUAGGGAAGCUGGGCGGCUUCAGGUCCGUGGCUGCCGAAGGUGUGAUUGAGCCUCUGUUAAUGGCGUGGGCUUCAUCUACGGCGGUCCUAAAGGAGGCGCCGGACAACCGCAUGCGGAACGUUUCGCUCCCGGGGACUUUGGUCGGUAGUGAUGAUGAUGACGAGGGCGAUAGGGACGGUAUGGACGAUGCUGGCGACGGAGAUGAGGGGGAUGGCGAAGAGGACAGGCGGGAAGACAGCGAAAGGGAAGCAGACGAGGAGGGAGAGGAUGCAGAGGAAAAUGAAAACGAAGAGGAGGACAAUGAGAUGGAUUGAUUAGGAAAUGUGUGAGUAGGUGAUGAGCGCAUUACCGUUGAAGCAAUGCUCUGGUAUCUUAAUGUCGAUGAUAUAAUGUGCGUUGUGUACCGCAGGUGCGAAACUCUUACGGGUUU